AUGACAUGUGAAACAACAAAUUUUAUCUACGUUUUAACUUGUCCUUGUGGUAAAUUUGAUUAUGUUGGUCAAUCCAAAUUACCAUUUGCUAUAACAUUAGCAAAUCAUCAAGAAGAAGGUAAUCGAAUUAUUCGUGAAUUUUUAAUUGGUGAAACAAAUUGUGAAUAUAUUACACAUGGAGUUAAAUCUGAUGAAAAAAAAGCGAAUGAUAGAUUAUGGCUCUAUCAACAUUCACCACGUUGUUCAUUUGUUUUACAACGUUUUCUAGAUGCAAAUCCUGAUUAUUGGUGUUUUGUACCAAUGAGACUUGAUGAAAUCG